GCAACUGUUGGCAGAAACCUAGUCUGUCGAAGUGAAGACUCGGAGAAGAGAAACGACAUCUUCAGUGAAAUAUUUACGUGUCUGAAAUUAUACAAGCUACAAACCAUAAAAGAAUAAGUGCAUUUGUUUACAAACAAGAGAAAAGUCUGGUUACAGGAUAAGCCUUCACCCGCGGUGUUGUUACUGGAGCAGAACAGUCUGUCUCUCAAUAAGGGGAACAGAGCCGAGUGAGCUUGGGGGAUAUCGGUUACUGUUUACAAAGCUUUUUCCAAUCAGCUGACAUGCCGUGAUAUCGCUGAAAUACUAUGUUGCUGAGGAUGGACUGGGGAUUCAGCUGAGGUUCAACACAAAAGAUAGGAGUUGGGGAAGGUCCCCGAAGCUUUCCAUGCCUCUCAUAGAAGGGUUGGGGGAUGAGGUGACCAUAAUCUUUUGCCUGGUCACAUUCAUUGUGGUUCUACUUAUAGCAUGGCUGUCCACACAUACCCGGGACAUACCAUUCUUCAGCCUCAUUGUGGUAGAGCUCACACAGAGGGCUUCUCUACGGCGACAACUUGCCGACGCGAAUCGGCAAAUACAGGAACACCAUGAGAGGCAACAGAUCCUGAAUACUGGCGAAACUCCGGACGGAGAAGCAGAUGCGGUUCCCAGCGAUGCUGUUGCUGAGGAUGCUGUUUCUAGCGAUGCAGGCCCAGUUUCUGAAACUGGUUGUGACAGCCCUGUUGUUGAAAGUGACGAAAUACAGAAUGAUGAUUCUGUCCAGGAGGAGAACAUGGCUGUUGCCAGCAGUGAGGUUGACACAUCAGGGAGUGGUACAGAGGGCACACAGUUGCCCAGAACUAACCAGCUUGGUGAUGAGAGUAAGGCUGUGGUGGAUGAUCGUGUAGAGUUGCAAAAGACAGAAGACUCUGCAAAUGUGAUAGCCAGUGAGAUAUGCAGGACUACCAACUCAUCACCAGCACUGCAGACAUGCAAUGUAAAUAGUCAGGAUGUAAGUGUUGAAUCUGCUGAGGAUGCAAGUAAAAAGCCAACAGCAUCCUCACCUUCAACAGAGACAGUUCAGCCUGGUGUUGCAGCCUCGACAGGAGUGAGACAGAGACAUGUGCCUUCAAGUGAACCACCUUCCCCAAUCUCCUCCUCCUCCUCCUCCCCCUCCUCCUCCCCCACAACCACCUCCACCUCCACCUCCUCCCCCUCCCCCUCCCCAACCCCCUCUCCCAACACUACUGUUGUAUCAAGUGGAACACAUCAGGACUUGUUGAACCAGUCCAGUGAUAAUCAAGGACAGAUCCGAAUUAGGUUAAAAUAUCUGAAUGACACUCAGCGACUUGUGUACAGUAACCCUGGAGAUACAAUUGGCCAGUUCAGAAGAGCCCAUUUUUCCACUGAACUUGCAGACAACAAACUGGUACGUCUCAUCUUUAACGGACAAGACAUGCGCAAUGACCGGAACACUCUACAAGGCUACAACAUCACCGACAACAGUGUUAUACAUUGCCUGGUUACUCAGAACCUUCAGCACACAGCACAGCCACAGAUGGACAACGGAGAUGGGGAUGCAGCACUUGGCUCUUUCAUGCUGCCUCUCUUUGCCCUCAUAUUGGCUUGCAUUUGGUAUCUGCGCAUCACACAGAAGCAAUACUUUAAUGCUGUGUCAACUCUCUCCCUUGCUGGAGUGACUUUUCUCUUCCUGCUGGCGUGUGCUUCAGUGUGGCGGGGAGGUGGAGACAGAGAGCAUCAACACAUGGAGUAGACCUGGCUGGAGUGAAACCUUUCUCCCACCCUUAUAGCACAUCUUCCCAAGGCAAUGGAGUUAACUGACUAUAACUGUCCAGUUUCCGACCAUGCCAAACUAGGCUGAAAUUAUGGAGUUAUAUUUUGGCUGGACUAAAGGGUCUAUGCAUAGUUCAAUCAAAAUUGCGUAAUGAAAUCAACAUCAUGUUCGUAAACUGCUUUGCAGUUUUCCCAAAUCGGUACAUGUUUUUAAACAAGGUGCUCACAUGAUUUGAUGUACUUCACGAAGUAAGACCUGUUUUAUUUCAAUCUUGAUUAUCGAUCCGAUUGUCUUCACUGGGCGACUGCCGUCAUAUAGCUGGAACAUUGCUGAGUGCGGCAUUAAACAACAAACAAAUCACUGGGUGACACCAUUUUAUUUAAAGUAAAUGCAAGUGAUAUGAGAGAUGGAAUGUGAUUGGUGAAUAGGAGGGAUAUAGAAGGGACAUAACUCGUAAUAGCCACUGGUGGUAUCACGAACCUAGAAAUUCGGCAAGGGUGGAAACUGGACUUUUACAGUCAGUUAACUCCCUUGCCUCAGGAAGAUGUUAUGGCAUGGCAAGGGAGAUUACAGUGUACAAGUCAUUCAUUACUGCCCUUAGAAAAUGUUUAAAUGUAUUUUAUUUUGAAAGUGUGCAAAAUGAUCAAUGAAUGUUAGAAACUCAAGAAAACUUUGUUUAAUUUUCAAUUCUGUUUCAACUGUAAUGGAAAUUUAUUCCAAGUGGAUGGGGUAAAGUUGUUUUAUCAUUUUAAAAAAAAGACGAAAAACAAUGAAAACAAAUGAGAAGGAACCAAAACAUUUUCUGGAGUUUUUGAAUUUUACAUCAACUGUAGAUGAAUCUUUUUCAAAGCCUGCUAAGUAGACAAGUGUUUGUUUUUUAAUUGCAACAGAUGAAAUAUUGUGAACAUAAAUGAUGAAAUCAUGAAAAUGAAUCAGUCUGAAUUUAUCCCAUGUAUCAUGUAAAUCAAGAUAUAAAUCGCUUAAGGGGAUUACACUGUCUUAACUUAAUCAUAUUUGUACACGUUUAUUCCAGAUUUAGGAUAAAUUAGUUUUUUAAAAUGAAUGAUAAAACUUUUUGAAUUUUCACUGACUGACUUUUAUGUUAGUUGUGAACUUAGGGGAUAGAAGAAUCCAUUUGAAUCAUAUUGUGUCAGCUGCAUUUGUACCAUAGUAUUGGAUUUCUAUGUCAUGAAGGAUCGAUACACUGAUGAUUGGGGAAACUUUUCGAACACAAGCUGAAGUUGGUAAAACAUUUGUAGACAAUAUAUCACUAUCCAUCACAAUCACCGUCUGUUGAGCACAACUAUAUUUCGUGAAAUCUUGUUUGUCCAGACAGUUUCAUUCCACAUGAACCUAACUGCAUUGACAAAUUCUGGAUUCCCGAACUGUUCUUAAUACCAUUAUUAU